UGAAGCCUGCCGGUGUCUUUGUCAUGGUGUCGGCUGCUUGAGGCUUUGAGCCUCUUCUCGAAAGAAUUUCCCUCGGGCAACGACCCGCGUAUCUCGACGAAUAUCUUGUUCGGCCUUGGCCCUGGUCGUCAGCUGGGCCUGGUCGUCAGGGCCAUGAGUCGCACCGUCAAACCACCAUCCGGCGGGUUUCGGCCCCAGAAUAGCCUCAACCAGCCCAUCAGCGGUUCUGCUAUCAGUGGGGUACAACAAGCAAGCUUCACGACCCAACGAUUUGCCCCCCCGGCCGAAGAGAUUGAAGACGUCGACGAUGACAUUGUGGAGACUUUCAAUAAUGUCUCCUCUUCGGGUUCGACCAGGCCACGACGACCCGGGCUCAUAUCAAAGAAGCGGCCAUUUCCCGGGGACGUCGAGGAUGUUAACAGGCAAGACAAACGUCCGACAAAACCCCAUCGACGCAACUCCAGCAUCGAAAUCUCUUCCGACUCUGAGAACCCAAAGGCGGUCGAUUCAGCAAUAAAACAAGGUGGGAAAGGGCAGGCAGCGGCCGAAAAGAUGCCGGCAAACCCCCAACAACACAGAGAAAGGCAGGAGCCGCAGCGCCCAUCCGAGGCUCCUCCACUUGAUCGCCCGGCAAAGAAACGACGUGCGUCAAACAGCAGCGGCGAUGAGCUUGUCGAAAGCACAUCCAGCAAAGCAGGCAGGCAUACCCAUGAUUCGGUAAGCUCUCUGAAUGGGCACGGUCCUCGCACUGCAAAGAGCGCCGAACCGAAAGGUGUUAUCCGGAAGACUACCUUCAAGAAGCAGGCCAGCAAACUGUCUUUGGCAAUCUCUCGUGCGGUUUCAUCGAAAUGGUCACUUGCAGCUACAAAGCUCGACUCGGGGGAUCAACCCCGCCUAGAGCUGGUCAACCCGAACAGGUUACGGCCAGUCACUGCCAGAGGUCCCUUACAAGGGUACCAUUGGCUCGAAGUCAAGAUCAACACCUGCCAUUCGAUAAAGUACUCGAGUGACGGCGGCCUGGGUGUCUGGAUCAAGAGGUCAGCCGGAGACUCCAUACCAGGCGAGCUGGCUCUAGAGUUCGCAACCAGUGAUGAUCACAACAAGUUCGUGUCAUGGUGUAGAGAACGCUCACGGUCGGGAGGCUUGACAAAGCUGAUCGAAGAGGAGACCUCCUGGUUUGAGAAGCUUUUCCAGAAGAAACUUUCGGAACAGAAGGCAACUGCAGUUCAUCAAGCCCACAAAUCGGAGGCAGACGAUAUUCGUUAUCUAGAGCAUCAAGAGCGGGCCAUGCUCGCUCGCAGUGCCGAGAAGGAGCAGAGUAAACCCCCAUCGGAAUCAGUUGAGGAGGAAAGGCCCACUGCUCGGAGGUCGCUCCGAGAAGGUAUGAAGGACGAGCCUCCAGGGCCAUCUUCUAGUACGCGUGCGUCGACGCUUAGUCCUAGUGGCCCGAAUGCUCUGCGACCUCUUGAGCCACCGAGGACCCGACGAGCUUUGAAGAAUCCAACACCACCAGUAGCCCCGGUUCGGGAACGCUGGAUCGAUAAGCACCCUGAAUGGACGGAGAUAUGGGACAAGCAACCUCUCAUUUACCCAGCCAAGGGCAGAAAUCCGGCCCAGGUUGCAAAAGACGACAUGUUGAGACUCGAGGAAGGAGAGCUUCUAAACGACAAUCUCAUCGUCUUCUACCUGCGAUAUCUCCAGACGAAGCUAGAGAAGGAGAACAAAGGUCUCGCGGACAGAAUCUACUUCAUGAACCCUUGGUUCUAUCAGAAAUUGACCCAUGGGAAGGGUCGCAACAUCAACUACGACGCUGUCAAAUCCUGGACCGCCAAGGUAGAUCUCUUGUCACAUGACUAUAUCGUCGUUCCGAUAAACGAGCACAUGCACUGGUAUCUCGCCAUCAUUUGUCAUCCCUCGAAGCUCGUCCCUUCGGAGGAAGCGCAAGAAGCUCCAACAAAGGACGCCAUGCAGGAAUCCAAGAAGCAACCGGAAGGCGAUCCAGCGCAGCUCGGCGGUUCUGCUUCCGGGGAGGAAGCGCAAGCUAUUGACGAGGACGAUGUCCAGAUUGUCUCGGAUCUUCCCUUUGGACCCAAGUCCAAUCAUACCUCCACCUCCAGAAUGACGAGUCCGAAAGUUCAACCAGGUCGCAAGGCUAAGGGCAUGCGACAGGCUGAUCCCACGGAGCCCAGGGUCAUUACAUUGGACUCCCUCGGAGGUCCGCAUUCACGAACUUGUACCAACCUUCGGGACUACCUUGUUCAGGAAAUCAAGCAUCGCCGUAACAUCGACGUAGAACCACCAAGCCCCUUCGGCAUGACCGCGAAAGGCAUCCCAGAACAAGACGACUUCUCCAGCUGCGGUGUCUACCUCCUUGCCUACAUGGAAAGGUUCCUGGAGGAUCCAGAUCAAGUGGUGCGAGACAUCACAGGCAAAGUGGACCUCCGCUGGAACAUUAACACGUCCAAGCUCCGCGGCGAGAUCCGGGAACUCAUAAUCAAGCUCCGUCAUGAACAAAACGCUCGUAUCCGAGCAGAAAAGAAAACGAGGCUGCAGGCCAAAGCCCAGAAUGCUUCAUCACAGAAGACGAGAGUCGGCGACGCGCCCACGACGGCCCCAAAGAUUUCCGUGGAAGCCCCCCGGGCUCCAGAUCACCGGCACGCAUUCCCGCUGCCGAGGAUCAGGCGGGUGACACCCGGGAGUACACAGCCACGGAAGUUAUCGAAUCCGUUCGCUCUCCUGUCGGCGAAAACAAGGCCUCUCCCCGCAACUCGACAGAGCGACCCUUCCUGUCGCCAAUGAGAGAUAGCUCAGAGGGGCAAGAAGACAAGGAACCUAAGUCUUCCGCCGAUCUUACCGAUGACACUCAAGGUAGUAAGAGCAGGGGGUCGUCAACAACAAUAGAAGGGAGCGCGCCCAUUCAAGAAGCGUCUAAAGGAGAAGCACAGGGUCGGCUUACUCCUCUGCAUCCAGGGGGUCGGGCCAGUGAAGAAGACGUACGGUCUACACCAGUGGAGCCCAAACCCAUCCGAA